AUGUCAUCAACCGACCAUCAUCCCCAAGAUUCUCUCGGCGCGACCAAAAAGCGAAAAGAUGCAUUUAGCGAACUCAUGUUACCGAAACCCAAGCAGACCAAAUCCACAACAAACCCAUCAUCACAAUCAACAAAAUCGAACUCAUUCUCGAAUUCACGCAAUGCUCUUCUCACCUAUAUUCUAAAUCCAGCAGAUUUCCCGAACCAAGUCGUUACCUACAAUGAAAACACUGUACUCAUUCGUGAUGCUUUUCCGAAAGCCACUCUCCAUCUGCUUCUGCUCCCAAGGGAUGCUUCAAAAAGAGACCUACAUCCACGUGAAGCCUUUGACGACCCGGUCUUCCUCGCAAUGAUACGUGAGGAAGUCGCCGCGAGUGUGAAGUUGGCGGCCUCGGAACUGUCUCGCUUGAUCGGACCAUUCUCUCGGUCCAACAAGGCCAGAAUCACAGCCAUGGAGAGUGAUAACCCUCCAGAUUCCUUACCACCUGGAAGGGACUUCGUCAAAGAUCUCCGUGUUGGGAUUCAUGCACACCCAUCUAUGAAUCACCUACACAUCCACAUCAUCAGUCAAGACAUGCACUCGGAUAGGUUGAAGCAUAGGAAACAUUACAAUAGUUUCAAUACUGACUUCUUCAUUCCCCUGGAUGCAUAUCCCCUAGUCGAGGAUGAUCAGCGGAGACUCACGGGCUUUCAGAAUGCAAACCUUGGGAAGGAUUUCAAAUGCUGGCGAUGUGGGAAGAUGUUUGGCAACAAGUUCACAAUGUUGAAGGAUCACCUCAAGGAGGAAUUCAAAGCUUGGAAAGAGGAAUGA